AUGGCUUUCUUCUUUGUCGGAACGUCCGACCACAAACCUUCGUCUCCCGUGCAUGUUCAAAUCAGCACCAGCGACAAACAAACGUUUGAUAUGGCAUUUAUGGGGGAUCGCUGGCUUGCGAUGGAGCCUUUGAAGACAACUACACCGUUUUGCUGUCGCGGCAACCGGCGAAUUCAGCGCGAUCCUUCUAUCAGCUCAAGCGUAUUUGGGACCCUUGUGGCUCUGAGUGCCAUUGAAGCCAGGUUAAGCGUUCCUUUGUUUACCAUCAACAAGUCUGGCUUCCUCACGUCAGGGAUGAUUGAAUCUGUUCAAAAGGUCGUGAGUAUUGACGUGUCAGUGGCCGUGUUUUACCACGAAUUCGGCGGAAUGCAAGUGGCGGGACUGGUUGCCGCCAUUGCCCCAAUAUCCACCCGAAGUGAGAGUAGUUCAUUCACCACUUCGCCCUCCGUUAGCUACUGA